AUGGAAGGCGGCCCAUCGAUGCGCUACUUCAGUGGUGAUGAUGGUGAUCACCGUGAGUAUCGCCGCUGGAAGCAGUGGAUUCAGAGCAAGAUCCCGACAAUGGAUGAUCUGCCGAAGGAGGCUCGGGGAGCCUUUAUCUUUACUCUUCUGCAGGGCCGAGCCUUGGAGGUUGUCGAGCACCUGAAGCCGGAGGAGUAUCAGAAGGACGGCGGUGACAGAGUCCUACUGGAGCUCUUGGACAAGCGAUGGCCGCAGAAAGAUAGGAUGGAUGAGCUUGGUGAGCAUGUGUCAGAAGUUUUUCUUUUGGCAGCCAGGGAUGGAGAAACCAUCCGGAACUGGAGCUCCCGUGCGCAGGAGGUCUUCGAUCGCUGCAAUCGCUGCAAGCGGAAGACUGAGGUGACCUUCCCCGAGGAGGCCGUGGUUUUGGCCCGCUGCGGCGGAUCUUUGAAGUUUGACGAUGUAUCGCAAGCAAUGCGUUCGUGCUAUCCCGAGUAUGUGGUGCCGAAGAGGAGAGUUGCUGCCGCGCACUACGUCGAGGAUGAGAACGAGGCCUGGUACGACUACAACCAGGCCGAGGCAAGCGGUGAGCAGGAGCUCUUCACUGAGGAGCUGGAGACUGCCUUCGGCGACGUCGAGAUGUUCCUGACCGAGCAUGACCUCUACGAGCCCGUUGAGGAGGUGGAAGUGUAUCCUGAAAGGGAUGUUGCUGAGGUGUUAGCUGUUAGCUGCCUCCUGGAAAGACAAGCGGGUGGAAGAGUUGAAGAAGAAGACACAGUGUCACAGAUGUGGCCGAACAGGCCACUGGGCUCGCGAGUGCAAACUGCCUCGCUCGUCUGCGGCUUCUGGCGCAGACCCUCGGGAGCGGGCUUGAUUCAGCACCAGCUCCCGGACUUCAUCUGCAGUGUGACGCUUGAGGCGCCUGGGCCAGGGCCCGGAGCCACGUUGCUGGACAGAAUGAGGAGCCGCUCUCUGACGGCAAGCUCCCCGAUGAUGUUGAUUUCGAGCCCCGGCUACGCUGUGUUGGACUCGGGAUGUGGCCGAAGUGUGAUCGGCCUGGAGACCCUGAACCAGUUCCGGCGGCUUUGGCAGGAAGCUGGAAUGAAGGCAGCCGUGGAGGUUGCCGAGCAGAACAGCUUCCGGUUCGGCAAUGGGCACCUUGAGGUGUCAAAUCGUGUGGUUGAGAUGCCUCUACGAUUGGCUGGGAAGGCUGGCGUGGUCCGAGCAGCUGUGAUCCGUGGCAAGGCGCCACUCCCCUUGUCGCGCCCAGCCUUGAAAAAGCUGAAGGCGUGCCUUGACUUCGCCAAUGAUGCCCCCAUGCUGUUCAAGGAAGGUGUCCGCAUCCCCCUCCAGGUGAACGAGGCUGGCCAGUAUGUCGUGCCGGUGAUUGAUCAGAACCCGGAGUGCAUCCAGAUGCAGACCGACCGGAUUGUCGAUGAGGAGACCACCGGCUCCGAGGAUUCCGUUGCCAUGCUGGCGCCCCGCGCCUCGGAUAGCAAGGUGACUGAUCACGACUACUGGGAGUGUCAAGGGAUGCAGGUAAUAAGGGUACAUGUGCAGCCAAGACGCAACCUUUUUGAUCCUCUUGAAGUGCCCGGGUGUCCCGUAUCUGUUGAGCAACUGCAGGGACAAAGAAGGACUUUAGGAAUUCUCUCGGAUGGUAGCCCGCUGAAUGUGAGUGAUGAUUGGCAUGUUCCGUCACAAGCAGUGCCGGGUUCGUGUUGGACCGGCCGCACAGUCUUUGAGGUGUGUCCGCCCCCGGCUGCUCCAGCAGAGCCAGCUGUUCCCUUGAGUCAGUGGACCCGGCGGCAGCGCAGACAGCUGAAGUUCUUAGCCAAGAGAGAAACUAAGAAGCCUGCUGGAGAGAAUAAGCAACGGUUUCAGGUGAUAGAAGUGUUUGGACCGCCUCAGUUUGCCAAUGUAGCCAUAACUAAGGGAUACAAUUGCCUUUCGGCAGAUCGUGCAACUGGCUGGGAUUUCCGAAAUCCUACGGCCCGCCAAGAGCUGAUUGAAUUGGUGCGUGCACAUCAGCCCGUGCUAGUGGUGAUAGGAAACCCGUGUUCUUGGCUAGGAGGUUGGUAUGACUUAGAUAGUCCUCACCUUAGCGCAGCUCAGCACACUGAGCGGGAACGAAUGCUUAAGUUGAUGUGCGGCUUUGCGGCUGAUGUGGCGCAGGUGCAGCUUUCAGCUGGCAGGCACCUUGUUUUCGAGCAAUUGGCAGCCACGUCCGGCGUCCGAUCAGUUAAGCUAGAGCGGUUGGAGAAACAGAUGUUCCCAAUCCAAGUGUCCAUGUGUGCUUUUGGUUUGAAGUCUCCGGACAAUGGUGUGCCGUUGCGCAAGACCCUCCGCUUUCUUGUAUCACAUGCGCACUUGCGCUCCUUGGGUCGCGCCUGUCCUGGGCACUCGGAUCAUGUCUCACCGGCUGGGUCCCGUACGUCCUUGGGCCGAUUUGCUGCCCAAUAUCCACCAGCGUUUGUUCGAAUGGUUCUGCGUUCUGUUAAAGGAGUGUCCAAGACAGAGGCGCUCCGUGUGCAAGCCCAGCCUGACAAGGAAUGCCUUGUUGCAGCGCGAGUGCAGCAACUGAACGAGCAGAAGGGUGAGCAAAUGUUGCGAUCACUGCUCAGAUUGCAUGUGAACUUGGGUCAUCCGUCGUGUGCUAGCUUGGCCAGGGUACUCAAGCAUGGUGGUGCCAGUCAACAAGCAAUUGAGCUGGCCCGUGAAGUGGAAUGCGAUGUGUGUCGUGCACAGAAGCCACCUGUGCCUCCACCGCCGGCUCAAACGAACAGAGCAACACACUUCAAUCAGCGUGUGGGCUUGGACGUUAAGUACCUGCCAGGGUGGCAGCCCAACCAGAAGAUUCCUUGCUUGAACAUCGUUGAUUAUGCUAGCAGCUAUCAGGUCAUGGUUCCACUUCCAGGUAGAGCCACCGGGGAGUCCUUGAGACAAGCCUUGCAAGAACCUUGGGUUACCUGGGCGGGCAUUCCCGAGGAAAUCAUAGUGGAUCCCGAUCAGGCAAACCUUAGUGCCGCCCUGACUGUGCCGCAAGAGCUCGCUGGCUCUCAUAUCUCCUCCACGGCUGCCGAAGCACACUGGCAGUUGGGAAAGGUGGAGGUCCAUGGGGGUUGGUUUAGCAGGGUCUUAGAAAAGGUUCUUGCAGAGGUUAUGCCCCACGACAGAGCAGCAUGGCUAGAAUGUGUGUACGCUGCUCACUGCAAGAAUGAGCUCAUUCAGGUGUAUGGCAUGACUCCAGCCCAGUAUGUGUUUGGACGGAACCCUAGGGUUCCCACCGAUCUCCUUGAUGAGCCUUUGCAGGUGAUCCCGGCGACCGCCUCCUUGUACGAAGAGGGGCUGGCCAGACGUGUGGCCACCAGACAGGCGGCUCGCCAUGCUGUCAUUGCUCUUCAGGAUGAUAAAGCACUUAGGCUUGGGUUGCAAGCUAGGACUAGAACGGUCAAGGCUUAUGCACCAGGAGCCAGAGUAGCCUAUUGGCGGACGCAGAAGUCACAUGAAGGCGUCAUUGAGCGUGGUGGCCGGUGGUAUGGUCCUGCUGUUGUGCUAGGCUAUGUUGGCAGAAACCUGGUUGUAAUCCAUAAGAAGCAGAUCCUUCGGUGUGCACCGGAACAGGUUCGACCGUCAACCUCCGAAGAAGAAACUCUUCUUGACACACCCGGUCUCGAGCUUCUUGGAAUCAAACAGAUGCUAGAGAAUGGAGCCAUAUCUACGAAACAGUAUGUGGAUGUCAUCUCCGAAGGUGUUCCCCCUGCCUCUUCAAGUGAAGAACGAAUGGCCGCCGAGGAGUCGGCCGAACACCGCGCACCUGCGGUGGCAGCACCUCCGCCACCUCUGCAAUCGGAGAGCCCACAACAGGCCUUCCGAAAUCAGCCUGCACCAAGCGUGAGGCUUCUAGUGAGCCAGCGGGGCCAAGUGAGAAGCGAGCGGCGGCUGAGCCUUCUGGUGUUGCCUCCGAUUUGA